CCAAGGCGAGGCCCACUACUCGCAGGCAGCAGACGGGCCAAACGCCACGCCAACAACAGCCUGCUGCGGCACGGACCAGACCUGUGACACAGAGAAGGAACGGUCAACCUUACUCGAGGUCAUCCAAACAAAACCGCCGUCAGUAGACGAGGUGUGUUAUGCAGUUUCAGCAUGUCCAGCCAUAGAAUAUGGUUGGUUAUAUUUAAAACAGUUAGAGAGGUGUAAAUAUCUUAAUUUAAUGGAAAAUAAUGAUUAUAAUGAGUACAUGACAUUACCUAGUUCACUUUUGCCGGAUUUGAAUUGGUGGCUUAGCUCCAUAAUGUAUUCAAAUAACAGUAUCAAAGAUGACAAUAACUAUUGUCUAGAAAUAUUCUCUGACGCCUCAACUACGGGGUGGGGUGCCAGCUGUGGAGACCAAAGGGCUAGCGGCAGAUGGUCACAAGAGGAAAUUCACUUUCAUAUAAAUCAAUUGGAACUUCUUGCAGCAUAUUUUGCCCUAAAGAUAUUCUCAAAAAAUUACAGUAACUGUAAUAUUUUAAUGAGGGUUGAUAAUACAACAGCUAUUAGCUACAUCAAUCGUAUGGGAGGUAUACAAUAUCCUCAUCUUUCAAAGGUAGCAAGGGACAUUUGGCAGUGGUGUGAAGUACGUAAAUUAUUUGUUUUUGCUUCAUAUAUUAAGUCCUCUGAUAAUAUUAUUGCAGAUCAAGAGUCAAGAAGGACCCAUCCAGAUGUAGAAUGGGAGUUGUCUUUACAAGGCUAUGAAAUAUUACUAAAAAAUCUUUCAGUAAUACCAGUCAUAGAUUUAUUUGCUACACGAGUAAACAAAAAGUGUGUAAAAUUUGUUUCUUGGUUUAAUGAUCCAGAUGCUUUUACAAUAGAUGCUUUUACAUUAGAUUGGUCCAAAAUUGGUAUUUUUUAUGCGUUUCCUCCAGUAGCAAUUAUUCCUAAAGUAUUAAGAAAAAUUAUUGUAGACAAGGCUGAGGGUAUUGUGGUUGUUCCACUGUGGCCUACACAACCCUGGUACCCUAUGUUCUUACGCUUGCUAGCUUCUAAAUUAGUAUAUAUUGAUUGUAAUAACUUCUAUAUUCCUGAUUCCAGCCAUCGGAACAUCCACAGAAACAUUACCCUGGUUGCAGGGAUUUUGUCAGGACAGCGUUGUUACAACGAGAAAUCCCAAGUGCUUCAGCUGAUAUAA